GAGGCCGCCGCAGGGCAGGGAAAACCGCGCAGUGGAGAAAUAGACCGUGGGGGCGCUCCCGGGCUAGGGAGCGGCGGGGAGGAGCCGCCCUGCUCGUCCCGGAGAGCUUUAAAUUCCCCUACAUUGGGGCAGUCCCGUGCACUCUUACCUGCUAGUGUGCAGUCCGUGUAGCCUCUCUGCACUCCCGGGGACUCCUUGUCAUCUGCUUUGGGUGGGCGAUGCUGUUGCUUAAUUGCAACCUGGAGGAUGAUGGCCUCAAGAAUUUGCUGGAGACAGGAGCAUCUGUCAACGCACCCCCGGAUCCCCAGGAGCAGUCGCCGGUUCACCUAGCUGCAGGUGGCGGCCUGGCUUGCGUUCUUCUCUGGCAGCUGCAAACAGGCGCUGACCUCAAUCAACAGGAUGUUUUGGGAGAAACGCCACUCCACAAGGCAGCGAAAGUUGGAAGCCUGGAAUGCCUUAGCCUCCUCGUGGCCAGUGAUGCCCAGAUUGGCUUAUGUAAUAAGAAUGGGCAAACAGCUGAAGAUCUUGCUUGGUCGUGUGGAUUUCCAGAAUGUGCCAGGUUUCUAACAACGAUUAAAUGUACACAGACAACAAAAUCAUCGGGUGAUCCCUGUGCUCCAGUACUCAGACAGAAGCGAAGCUUAACCAGUGUGGAGAACAGAGCUUUGAAGAGGAAGUGUUGAUAUCUUGUUGGGCAGGAAGAGGUUUGAAGGGCUUCACUUCAGACUGAUCUACAAGCCAUGGCUGUGACUUACCAUAUAGAUAAACUCCAGAGGAGGAAAACUUUCUUCUAAGUGAAGAGAACAUUCAUAAACACAUGUAUUUACAUGACUGUAUUUUGCCUGUGCAUGCUUUGUUAUUUAACUUGUUAAAAGAAUAUUCAAGGAAUAAAAUUUCUGUGAAUUCUUUGCUA